AUGGCCAGAGUAAUGGAGGUGGGGGGAGCCUGUCUUAUGUUUGUCUCAAGACGUGCUUUGGCCUUUGCGGAGGUGGAAGCCAAAUAUGAGUCCGAGAAGAUGAAGCACCCUGGCCUAUCGUCUGUUCCUGCGCAUGACAGAGUGGCUGAUUUACACAUGGAGAGAGGUGUAAAAAGCACACACGCAGUCUGCUCCUCUCCGUCCACCAGCUAA